AUGAUUGAUGUGCCAGUAUUGUCAUUACCCUUAGCAUUUGAUCAAUAUGGAAAUGCUGAAAGAUUGGAAUUUCUUAAUGUUGGAUUAACAUUAAAUAAAUUAUCAUUUAAUGUACCUGAAGUUAUUGAAAAAUUAGAAAGAUUGUUAAAUGACAAAAAUAUUGAAAAAAAUGAAGAUGAUAAAUAUAUUGAUGGAUUGAUGAGAGAAUGGAUCACACCUGACACCAGAAUGGGAUUUUUUAAAGGAAAUUAUUAUGAUGUCUAUG